GCCGUUGUGCUGGUGUCGUCAGCUUCGUUCGGCAGGGCGGCUAGGGGUGCUGUGCGGCCAUGGCCGACCCUGACCCCCGCUACCCCUGCUCCUCCAUCGAGGAUGACUUCAACUAUGGCAGCUGCGUGGCCUCCGCCAGCGUGCACAUCCGAAUGGCCUUUCUGAGAAAAGUCUACAGCAUCCUUUCUCUGCAAGUGCUCUUAACUACAGUGACAGCCACAUUUUUUUUAUACUUUGAUUCUAUACGGACAUUUGUACAUGAAAGUCCUGCCUUAAUUUUGGUGUUCGCCCUUGGAUCUUUGGGUUUGAUUUUAGCCUUGACUUUAAACAGACAUAAGCAUCCCCUUAACCUGUACCUGCUUUUUGGAUUUACACUGUUGGAAGCUCUGACUGUGGCCUUUGUUGUUACUUUCUAUGAUGUGUAUAUUGUUCUGCAAGCUUUUAUACUGACUACUGCAGUAUUUCUUGGUUUGACUGUAUAUACUCUACAAUCCAAGAGAGAUUUCAGCAAAUUUGGAUCAGGAUUAUUUGCUCUUUUGUGGAUUUUGUGCUUGUCAGGAAUCUUGAAGUUGUUUUUUUACAGUGAGACAAUGGAGUUGGUCUUGGCUGCUGGAGGAGCCCUUCUUUUCUGUGGAUUCAUCAUCUAUGACACACACUCAUUGAUGCAUAGGCUGUCACCUGAAGAGUAUGUAUUAGCUGCCAUCAGCAUCUACUUGGAUAUCAUCAAUCUAUUCUUGCAUCUGUUGCGGAUUUUGGAAGCAGUUAAUAAAAAGUGAUUGAAAGCAGUAUAUAGAAACUUAUUCAUUAAGUAAUAAAUAAAGGUUGAGAUAUAAUUAGUAAAUACUUUUAAGAUUUUAUUUGUAUGCUAUGUACUAUAUUAUAAAGUAUAAAUCUCCUUUUAGUAGGAGAUUUUAAUCUUAUUUAGAAAGGAAAAAGUAUAAAAGAUAAAUUCCAGAGAAUUGUUCAGUAUUAUAAUAAAAUUAUAUUAAAAUGUUAAUGACAUUUCAUUAUAAAAUGAUCUAUUAAAAAUUAAAGUUCUGCUUGACAGUCAGAUAUUUUGACAUAAAAUAUAAUUUAACAUUAUUAGUUGUUUAAAUUACAGGUUUCAUUUGAAAAUUAACAGCAGUAUACCAGUGACCAAUGAAACUUUGGUAAAUUCCUGUCUGCAUUAGUUUGCUUAGGGUGUCAUAAAAAGUACCAAAGUAACAAAGUAACGAAGACUGCUUGGCUUAAACUGAAGUUUAUUUUAUUGCAGUUCUGGAGGCUAGAAGUCUGAGGUCAGGGUGUCAGCAGGGUUGGUUUCUUCUGAGGGCUCUCUCUGGUGGUAGAUGGUCAUCUCCCUGUCUUCAUGUGGACUUCCCUCUGUACUUGUCUGUGCCCAAAUUUCCUCUUCUUAUAAGGGUACCAGUCAUACUGGAUUAGGGCCCAUCCUAAUGACCUCAUUUUAGUUUAGCACUUUAUAAAGAUUCUGUCUCCAAAUACAGUCACAUUCUGAGGUACUAGGAGUUAGGACUUUGCAGUGGUCUUAAUAUUUAUGUCCCCCAAAUAAUUUGGUGAAACCUAAUCCCCGCUCUGAUGGUAUGAGGAGGUAGGGCUUUUGGGAUGUGCUUAGGUCAUCAGGGUGGAGUUCUUAUGAAUGGGAUUUAUAAAAGAGACCCCACACAGAUCCCUUACUCUUUCUGCCACAUGAGAGAUGACACAGUCUAUGAACCAGAAAAAGGGCCUUUAAACUAGACAUUGAAUAUGCCUGCUGGACUUCCCAGCCUCUAGAACUGUGAAAAAUAAAUUCCUGUUGUUUGUAAACCACCCAGGCUCUAGGGUUUGUUUUGGCCGCCUAAAUACGCUAAGGCGGACUUUAUCAUAUGAAUUUUCAGGGUAUGCAACCCAGUCUGUAACAUUCACUAAGCAUCAUUUUCCAGCUAUUAAACUGAAGUAAAUUAGUAGUAUGUAGAUUUAGCCUUUGGUGAGUUUUAGAUGUAAAUUUGACUCCGUCACUAUGAAUUAAUUAUUGAAUACCCAGGUGUAUAAUGCUGUACUCAAGUUUAACAUAGCGUCGUAGGUGAGAGAAUGUAAAUUGGAAUCCUUACUAUGCAGCCUACUCGUGUUGUUACUUAGCCUUCCUUCCUUACAUCUUUUACCUCAUCUUUGUAAUGGAAAUAAUAACACCUACUUUAUUGACUGUUAUAAGGAUUAAAUGAAAUAGAUAUGUCAGCUGCUGUUAUUAAUAUUAUUGUCGGUCCAAAGGGAGAAUGUACUGAAUUGUGACUAAAGAUGAUGAAUAAGCAAAUGCAGAUCUGACAUUUAAAAAAUGUAAAACAGUACCGUUUUUUAUCCAGCAGAUUAUUGUUUGGUUUGGAAAAAAUCAUAUAGACAUGUAAUUCAUUUAUCUUUUUAAGAUGACAGGUAAACUUUCAAAAAAUUGUUUUACUUUCUGAUAGGACAAAUACUGUAAUUUCUAAGAGUGUAAACAGAUCACAAGACCAAGAAGUUUGAAAACGACUGGGGUAUUUAUUUUGUAAAUCAACCAUAAUUAUUCAUACAUUCUUCCAUCAGUGAACUUUGUAUGGUUCCUCUUUUUUUACUGUCACAGU